UGACAUUGUUGCUGUUCAUCUAUAAUUCUCAAGAAAUUUCAUCUCUAACCAAAAAUGGGUUUCGGUGAUCUAAAGAAAAGUGGUGGGCAAGCUGCCCUUAAUGAUUUCCUUUCGGAUCGCAGUUACAUUGAAGGGUACACAGCAUCUCAAGCCGAUGUAGUCAUCUUCAAAGCCAUGAGCGGGGCCCCAGCUGCUGAGCUCUUCAAUGCACUCAGAUGGUACAACCAAGUCAAGUCAUACUCUUCCACAUUUACCAGCCUUCCUGGGGUAGCCAAAGCUCUCGGUGACUAUGGCCCUGCAGGCACCCCAGCUGCUGCCAAGAAACCUGCCGGAGAUGACGAUGAUGAUGAUGAUGAUUUUGACUGCUUUGGAUCAGAUGAGGAGGAGGAAGCGAAACCAGCUCCUAAAACCAAAAUCGAGGUGAAGAAACCAAAGAAGGUUGUCAUCGCCAAAUCCAGCGUUCUCUUUGACGUGAAGCCCGAAGAUGACGAGACGGAUCUCGGUGACAUCGAAAAAGCGGUUCGUGCGAUAGUGAAAGAUGGACUUCAUUGGGGUGCAUCUAAACGUGUCCCGAUCUGCUAUGGAAUCGAGAAACUCCAAGUUCUGUGCACAGUUGAAGAUGAAAAGGUCAGUGUCGAUGCGCUACAAGAAGAGAUAGAGGAGUUUGACACCGUCCAGUCAGUCGACAUCGCAGCAUUCAACAAGGUCUAAGGUCACCGUGUGUCUUCAUCUCAUGCCCACUCCAUCUCGGCACAUGUACGUUGAUUGACCGACAGCGAUAAGCGGUCCCAGAGAAAGCAAGAUCUGAAAACUCACCAGGCAUACAUGUUCCUGUGCAAGAGUACAAGUUGAUACACCUGUAGUCAGUAAAAAAAAUUUUUUUUAAAGAUUCACCACCCGAUAUACACUGAGAACCAAAUCUGUUGGCAUCAUUAUCAUUAUCAUCAUCAUCAUCAUUCGGGGUGCAUUUUCCC